GAUAAUUCCAAGAUACACAUAUCUACACACGUGAAACACUUCCCCUAAAUUUUCACUAUGUCGCCGUCGGGCAACAAUCCUACUGUUGCCGGCGACGGUUGUUUGUGUGAAGAUGCCUGCGAUGGACGGAAAACCUGUUCACAAUGCGGGAGGAACUCAAAGAAAACUAGUCUGACAUCGUCUUCGUCUUCCUACGCUUUGCUAAGCUUCGAUUCGUUUCCGGUCGAAGAUUAUGAUAAGCGGUGGAGGAUCUUCACUGCCUCUGUGAAAGGAUUUGCCAUUGGAGCUGGUAUUAGAGGCGGCCUAUCUCUCUUUGCAAUCCUUGCUCGAUUGCGGCGUCGUCGAUCGUUGUCCUCUGUUAAGAAGGUGCAAAUGGCUUCGGGUGGUCAGGAUUUGAUUUUGGCACUGAAAGAAACAAUUAGAUAUGGUCUCUUCCUUGGCACUUUUGCUGGGACAUUUGUUUCAGUUGAUGAGCUUAUAGCUGCUUUGGGAGGACACCAAAGAACAGCAAGAUGGAGGGCUUUAUUAGCAGGGGCAGUAGCUGGACCUUCAAUGCUCCUCACUGGAUUCAACACACAGCAUACAAGCUUGGCAGUUUAUAUUUUUAUGCGUGCAGCUGUCUUGGCAUCACGCUGUGGAAUAAAAAGCAAGCGAUUUGGACGCAUUUGUAAACCUCUCACUUGGGCCCAUGGAGAUCUAUUCCUAAUGUGUCUCUCUUCUACCCAGAUAUUGUGUGCCUACAUAUUAAAGCAGGAUAGUUUACCUCCGACAUACAAAUCAUUUCUCAAUAAACAUGGUGGAAAGGACCCAAUCAUCCUUCAAGGUAUUAGAGAUAUUGCUUGUGGCGUACCUUUUACUAAUCUAGAGCAGAUACAGAAGUAUUACAAGAGCACAGGCGUUGAUGUGAUGCUCGACCCUCAAAUGGAAGUUCCCUGUUCGAUCAUACAUGAAAAUCAAUCAUGUAGUUGGCAUGCCUUUUCAUUCUUUCUUCAAUCAUACAAAAGAGCAAUACCAGUUUAUCUUCCAGUUUAUUUGAUUCCUGCACUUAUAGUACAUCGCCAAGGACUUGCAAAACGGCCCUUCACAAUAUUGGCAAAAGGUCUUCUAGGUACUGCAAGAUCGAGUCUGUUUCUCUCUACAUACUGUACUUCCGCCUGGGUCUGGACCUGCUUCCUCUUCAGGCUUUUCAAGAGAUGUAACGUCACCAUGCUAGCAUUGGGAACGUUCCCAACUGGGUUGGGAUUAGCAAUCGAGAAGAAGAGCCGGAGAAUCGAGAUCUCACUUUACUGCCUUGCUCGAGCCAUAGAAAGCUUCUUCACAACCAUGUCCGACAUCGGAUACAUCCCACAAUUCAACAACUUAAAAAGAGUCGACGUCUUAAUAUUCAGCAUCUCGACAGCAAUUAUUAUGCAUUGCUACGCCAUGGAAAGAGACGUUUUUCGAUCCAAGUACUUGAACGUACUCGACUGGGUGUUCGGUGUGCCUCUUCCUCUAUACGAGACAACUCCAAAACGAAUUAAGAAUCAAACGAGCCUGUGAUGAGUUAUUACCGAUUCAUCUGUGAAUACUUUGGUUUAAUGAUAUACAUAAAAGUGCAAGUAGGUAUAAGAAACAAACUCUUUUGUAUGCAUUGUUUCUUGAUUAUACAAGUAACAGGAAAUUUUGUAAAUUUUUUCAA